CAUCAACCCGCCGAGCCCAAGGCUGCAACUUGACCCCUCCUUACAUACGUCAAGGUGCAGAGGUGAUAUAUAUCUCCUCCCACUUGAAUCAUCUAUUUUAUACAUGGCCUGUCAGUUUGUAUAAUGUCUACGAAGAACGGGGCGGACUCUACGAAUGCUCCCGACCUCGACGACGACGAAUAUGUCGCCCAGCUCCUUGCGAAGGAUGCACGCGAUAGUUCCCUACGAUAUUCUACCCUGGGAAUGAAUGCUUUCAUCCCACUCCAGAGACCCUCCGCACGUGCCCCAAAGCCUAAUACCCGAUUUCUGAGGAAUAUACUGCGCGAAACGGACAGCCAUAAUGCGAGUCUGAAAAGAAAGGAGGAGGAAGAGGCUCGUGAGAGAAUGAGGGCGUUGCGACAUGGGCAUGAGCCUUCGUCUGGUUCGACGGCAGCUCGCGAUCUAUAUGAUGUCAGAGCGGCGAAGCGACGCAGGGUUGAGGCUUCCACAGACAAAAAAUACGAAAGUGGGGGACACUCUAGACGACAAAAAGGAAGGGAAGAGGAGAGUAGACAUACUUCGCAUGAUCGAGAGAGGGAGGGACGGAGGGAACAGAGAAUGAGGAGAACGGAGAAUGAUGAGAGCAGCGACGAUGAAGAGAGGGCGAGAAGACAUAAAUCGUCGAGAUCGAGACGCCAUAAGAAGGAAGACGAUCGGUCUCACCGCAGUCAUAGCCGGCGGCAUGCGGAACAUAGCCAUUCCUCAGACAAGCACAGGUCGAGCGAUGACGAUCGAGAACGCCGUUCUCACCGGCGUCAAAAACGCCACCGCAGUCAUUCUAGCUCCCCGUCACGAACUAGACGUCGCCCACCAGAGCGCUCCAGUUCCCGAAAGGGAAGUCUAAAGGGUAAAAAUGAAUCGCAUGGCGAACAGCACCACCCCCGCAAACACCGCACAUCUACUACAUCCCGAGAGACACGGGCCGCUGCAGAGGCGGGGAAAUCCCCACCCCUUCCCCAAACUUCACCACGUCACAGCAACCCCGAACCCCGGUCGCGAGAUGUUGAUACCAUAGACCCGUCAGUGCCAGGUUCGGCUUCAGCUUCAGCUUCAGAUUCAGAUUCAGACCCGCUAGAAAGUCUCAUCGGCCCACUCCCCCCCUCGGCAGAAAACGACGAUACCCCCCCACUCCGCUCCCGAGGCAGGGGCGCCUACAAGAAGAACAAAAGCAAUAAUAUCGACGCCCACUUCGCAUCCGGUUACGAUCCGGCCCUCGAUGUCCGCCCAGAUGACGAGGACGAGGGCGAGGGUAACACGGCCAACACCUCAAAAAGCCCCAGCAGGCCACGACGCCGGCCGGUGGCCGGCCUGGCGACUGCAGAGGACGAUGACUGGGACAUGGCUCUUGAGGCGUUGCGGGAUCGUGCGUUGUGGAGGCGGAAGGGUGCAGAUCGGCUUCGCGCGGCUGGGUUUGAUGAAGGGGUUAUUGAGAAAUGGGCUGGGAAUGGGGCGUUUGCGGGGUUGGAUGGUGGUGCUGGUGGCGGGGGCCACAGAGAUAUGGGGGGCCGUGAUAGGGAUGUGGAGGAUGUGAAGUGGGUGAAGCGGGGGGAGAAAAGGGAGUGGGAUCGUGGGAAGGUUUUGACGGAUGAUGGGCAUGUUGACGUUAGGCCUGAGUGGUAGCCUUAAUUAUUUUAUUUUAUUUUUUUAUUUUUUUGCGGUUUUCCUUCUUCAUUU